AUGUCAGACAUGGCAGGAAAACGCGCAAGCGCCGAAUCUGACGAACCAUCAAGGAAGAAAGCCAAGAAGGGGGACAGCGACGGUGAUGUAUACAACCCAUAUCUCGCCCACAUGGACCCUUCCUCAAACUCGCCUUUCUCUGGCAUGACACGGAGACAAGUCACCGCCGAGCAAAUCUCCAAGGUAGAGGAUCUGAGCACAAACGCAUUCACUGGCGUUGAGCACACGCAGAAAUACUUUCAAAUUCUCCGGACACGAAGAGAUCUGCCCGUACACAAACAAAGACAGGAGUUCCUUGAAAAGUACCAUUCGACUCAGAUCCUCGUCUUCGUUGGUGAGACUGGUUCCGGAAAAACGACCCAGAUUCCCCAAUAUGUCGUCUACGAUGAACUGCCGAAUAUCACCGGCAAACUCAUCGCGUGUACCCAGCCCCGUCGAGUGGCUGCCAUGUCAGUGGCGCAACGUGUCGCAGACGAGAUGGAUGUGAAGCUUGGCGAGGAAGUGGGUUACAGCAUUCGUUUCGAGGAUAAGACUGGUCCCAAGACGAUGCUCAAAUACAUGACAGACGGUAUGCUUCUGCGCGAAGCCAUGCACGAUCAUGACAUGUCGCGCUACAGCUGCAUCAUUCUCGAUGAGGCUCACGAGAGAACUCUUGCCACCGAUAUCCUCAUGGCAUUGUUAAAGCAAAUUGCCAGUCGCCGAUCCGACCUCAAAAUCAUCAUCAUGUCCGCUACCCUCGACGCACAAAAGUUUCAGAGAUACUUCAACGAUGCGCCUCUCCUUGCGGUCCCCGGACGAACCCACCCGGUUGAGAUCUUCUACACUCCUGAACCGGAACGAGACUACGUGGAGGCUGCCAUCCGUACCGUCCUUCAGAUCCAUGCCUCAGAACCCGAUGGCGAUAUCCUGUUGUUCCUUACUGGAGAGGACGAAAUUGAAGACGCUUGCAGAAAGAUCAGUCUUGAGGCCGAAGAGCUGAUGCGUGAGGUUGACGCUGGUCCGCUUGCCGUAUACCCUCUGUAUGGCAGUCUCCCCCCUCAACAGCAACAGCGCAUUUUCGACAAGGCCCCUGCUGCUCUGAGGAAGGGCGGACGAGCGGGUAGGAAAUGCAUCAUCUCUACAAACAUUGCCGAGACUAGUUUGACCAUUGAUGGUAUUGUCUAUGUGGUGGAUCCUGGUUUCAGCAAGCAAAAGAUCUACAAUCCCCGUAUCCGUGUCGAAUCGCUGUUGGUAUCACCCAUCUCCAAGGCUUCGGCCCAGCAGAGAGCCGGUCGUGCCGGUCGUACAAAACCUGGAAAGUGCUUCAGACUAUACACCGAGAAAGCCUUCAAGAAAGAACUUAUCGAGCAGACCUACCCAGAGAUUCUCCGGUCCAACCUGGCCAAUACCGUGCUUGAGCUCAAGAAACUGGGCGUGGAGGACCUCGUCCAUUUUGAUCUCAUGGACCCCCCAGCGCCCGAGACCAUGAUGCGAGCACUUGAGGAACUCAACUAUCUCGCCUGUCUGGACGAUGACGGCGAGCUGACCACCCUCGGCGGGUUGGCCUCGGAGUUCCCGUUAGAUCCCGCUCUGGCCGUCAUGCUGAUUUCGUCUCCUGAGUUCUAUUGCUCCAAUGAGAUCCUAUCAAUCACCUCGCUCCUCUCGGUCCCACAGAUCUGGGUGCGGCCCGCCAACAACCGAAAGAGGGCAGAUGAGAUGAAGGCCCAUUUCAGCCACCCGGACGGCGAUCACUUAACCCUUCUCAACGCGUACCAUGCAUUCAGAGGUCAAGGUUCGGAUCCAAACGCGCUCAAGCAGUGGUGCCACGAACACUUCUUGUCCUUCCGGCACCUAUCGAGCGCAGAUAACGUUCGUGCCCAACUAAAGCGGAUCAUGGAGACGCAUAGUUUGGAACUUGUGUCAACCCCGUUCGAGGACAAGAACUACUACACCAACAUCCGGCGGGCCCUGCUGGCCGGCUUCUUCAUGCAAGUCGGCAUGAAGGAAUCCUCCGGCAAGGUCUACCGCACCGUCAAGGAUCACCAAGCAGUCCUAAUCCACCCUUCCACGGUCCUCCGCGCCGAGUUUGAUUGGGUUCUGUACAACGAAUUUGUCUUGACCUCGAAACAAUACAUCAGAACCUGCACCGGCAUCCGACCUGAGUGGCUACUGGAAAUUGCUCCGACGUACUAUGACCUAGAAAGUUUCGAGGAUGGUGAAGUGAAGCGAUCCCUACAGCGGGCGGCAGAGAAGAAGCGGAGAAAGGAAGCCAUGAAGGCCGGCAGGUGA